AUGCCACGACGGCUCGUGUCAAUCCGCGGCGACGGAAACUGUCUCUUCAGAUCGGUUUCAUACUCGCUUUACGGGACACAGGAAAGGCACAGAGAGAUAAGGAUACGGGUCGUUGAAAGGGUCGUCAAUAAUUGGCAGCGAUAUAAAGAUUUUAUAAUAGGCGACCGAUCAUACGGCCUCACUAUACGCGAUCCGUCCGAUUACCGGAGUCUCAUGUCCCGUGAUGGUGAAUACGCUGGCCACGUGGAGUUGCACUGCGUGAGUGAGCUGCAUCCAGAUUUCACUUUCUCAGUACACAGAGACGGCUGCUCGAAGACCAUAGAAUAUGGCAACGGCAGGACCGUCAAACAUCUCCUCUUCUCAGGAUAUCUGGAUGCCGGGCACUACUCCGUCAUCGAAUAUUAUUAA